AUGGACAAGGUGUGCGCCGUGUUCGGAGGCUCCCGAGGCAUCGGCCGGGCGGUGGCCCGCUUGAUGGCCCCGAGAGGCUAUCGACUGGCCAUCGUCGCCCGGAAUCUGGAGGGGGCCAGAGCCGCGGCCGGGGACCUGGGCGGAGAUCAUUUGGCAUUGAGCUGUGAUGUUGCCAAAGAACAUGAUGUUCAAAAUACAUUUGAAGAGAUAGAGAAAAAUUUAGGUCGCGUUAAUUUCUUGGUAAAUGCAGCUGGAAUUAACAGGGAUAAUCUGUUAGUGAGGACAAAUACUGAAGAGAUGCUGUCUCAGCUCCACACUAACCUCCUGGGCUCCAUGCUGACCUGUAGAGCUGCCGUGAAGACAAUGAUUAAACAGCAGAGAGGGUCCAUUGUGAAUGUGGGAAGUGUUAUUGGUCUAAAAGGCAAUUCUGGCCAGUCUGUAUACAGUGCCAGUAAAGGAGGAUUAGUCGGAUUUUCACGUGCUCUUGCCAAAGAAGUAGCAAAAAAGAAAAUUAGAGUGAAUGUAGUUGCUCCAGGAUUCAUUCACACAGACAUGACGAAAGACUUGAACGAAGAACAUUUAAAGAAGAAUAUCCCUCUGGGAAGGUUUGGAGACGCCCUUGACGUGGCCCAGGCGGUCUUGUUUCUUUUAGAGUCUCCAUAUGUGACAGGGCACGUCCUGGUGGUGGAUGGCGGCCUGCAGCUCACCAUAUAG